AUGUAUGACAUAAACACACAAAACGCCGGAACCCUAUCGACUAAGACCAGGGGUUUCUUUUUGAUCAAUAUAUUGUCCCGAAUGCUUAAGUCAGUCAAUUUCACUGAAUUAAGCCUUCAGAUGAGAGACGGCAUAUCGUCGCGGGCGUCGUGUCUGGCGUGCAAUGCUGUGGCCGGACUCCUGCUGUCGUCCAUCUACUCCAAGGAGAUGAUGACCGUUGCCGUCAACACUGUCUGCACGUCCUUUCGCUUACAGACACCGCGUGUUUGUUCGGGAAUUGUUGAGUCGUUUAAGGACGAUCUCGAUUACAUCAGAACCCAUACCACACUAAGACGGGGAGAGAUGUGUGGAGUGAUAUUUGGUAUGGACUGCGCCCGCAGGACAACCAAAAACCUCAAUUGGACUAUCAGUUUGCCGGAGAAGCAGAAUAUGGCCGACAGGAGGGCCGACGACAGCAGCGAAGGGGAUAUCGUUGACGAGGACAGCGCCAAACUCAAGUCAUACGCCAAAGUGGUUCAGGUGACUGAUCUGCACGUCGACCCCUACUAUACGCCCGGAAUGAACGCCGAUUGCGGCGAACCCUUGUGCUGCCGACCGGCCGAUGGAGUGGCCACCAGUCCCGAGAAGGCAGCGGGCGUUUGGGGCGACUAUCGUAACUGUGACACACCUAUCGCCACAUUAAGGCACGCCUUGAAACACAUCUCCGAAACCCAUCCAAACGCGCUGUACUGGAUGUGGACGGGAGAUAUCGCGCCGCACGAUAUCUGGAAUGUGAGCCGAAAGGAGGUGUUAUCUCAAGUGAAAUUAGUGACAAAUUUGAUGAAACAAUACACACGAGUUCCCGUAUAUCCCGUUAUUGGCAAUCAUGAAGGCGUUCCCGUCAACAGGUAUUCCCUGCUCUUUGUCCUUUUCCCACCGCCUGAAGUAAAAGGAGAAAACUCUAUCUCAUGGCUCUAUAAUGCAGUGGCGGAUGAAUGGGAUUAUUGGCUGCCAAAGGAUGCCAUCAAAACACUCCGAUAUGGCGGCUAUUAUACAGUCAAACCCCGAACUGGAUUCCGGAUUGUGUGCAUAAACACCAAUUACUGCGCGCGUCUCAACCCGUGGAGUCUCUACAAUCCGGUCGAUCCGGCGAAUCAACUCCAAUGGCUCAGCGAAGAGCUGUUCAAAGCGGAGACCAACGGCGAUAAAGUGCAUAUCAUUGGACACAUACCGCCCGACAAUCGCGAGUGCACUCAGGCCUGGCUCUACAACUUCUUGCGCAUAAUCGACAGAUUCCAGGACACAGUUUUGGCCCAAUAUUACGGUCACACACAUCGAGACGAGUUUCGGCUCUUGUAUUCUCCCUACUAUCCGGAAAUGCCCAUCAAUUUGGCGUAUAUCGGGCCCAGUAUUACCCCAUUCACGGAGAACAACCCCUCGUAUCGGCUCUAUUACAUGGACUCCGAGGCCUAUCUCGUGGAUCACGAGACCUAUUACUUCAACUUAACGGAAGCCAAUCGGGGAAAGAAAGGCCCGAAAUGGGUGUCCGAAUACAAGGCGAUGAAGACGUUUAACUUGAGUUCAAUGAGUCCGCACUCGUGGCACGAAUUAGUCCAUAAGUUGGAGACCGACGACAAUCUCUUCCAAAACUACUACAAACUCUAUUACCGAAAGAGUGACGUCAAGAUCGCCGAACACUGCGACCAAAAGUGCAAAAAAUUUAUUUUAAGUGAUUUAACAGUUUUGCAUCCCUUGAAGAAUAAGCCCAAAGGUUUCUUCGGACGCAGAAAACUCAGAGAAAACCCACACUAGAUCUCAACACAAACACUAACACUAUUCCCGAUACUCCCUUCCCGUCCCCUCCCCCUUCCCGUCCACCACAACCACCAC